AUGAUUGGACCUGAAAUUUUCUCUUCAGAAAGAAAUGGAAAGCAGCUUCAGUGGCCUAACCUGACCACUUUCAAGCUACACUACAAGGCCGCUACACCAGCCGGGGAGUGGCUCUUCGAUAGAGAUCCAAGAUGGAUCCAGCCGAGUCCACCCAAUUCACCACCAUACCCCGGAAGCGACAAUGAAUGGAAUGAGGAAUACGAAACUCCUCUGGAAGACUGGAGAGAAGCUCUCUUCCGCAGCCAUCCCCUCCCAGCACUGAAUGACCUUUACCUGGCAGCAGGUAGAGCAGCGUGUCAUAUGCCAAAGCUUGAAUCUAUGCUGCUAGAAGGAGAUGUUAGCAACGAUAGAGGCCUAGAUCAUGUGGUAGAUGAUUCUAGUGUGGCUAAGCACGAGUUCGAAUACGACAGAUCCUGCGGGAGGGCAACUUGGGUUAGCACAUCUGCUUUCCACGUGACCGAUGAGAUACGUGAAGUCUGGAAUGCAGUAGCACGGUUCCAUGGCCAUGAUGAAGCUAAAAUAUCGGUUCGUCUCACUUGA